AAUAGCUUAUUAAAUCAAUGGAACAUCUCCAGGAUGUGUGAUGUGGACGUGUCCUCAGAGCCCACCAGUCCCACCCUGUGCGGUGAGUCUUCAGACAAGUACUACCAUGUGGACCGCUGGCAGAAACUCCGCACUGCCGUCCGCAAACUGGAGUUCUGGGAAAACUUCACCUCUGAGCUCAUUGGGAGCGGCUUCUUCUCCAAAGUCUAUAAGGUGAUGCACAGUACCAGUCGGAAGGUGAUGGUGGUGAAGAUCUACAAAAAUGACGUGGAUCAGGACAGCAUUGUGCGUGAGAUCAGCCUGCUGCAGAAGCUCUCCCACCCCAACAUUGUCAGAUAUCUGGGAAUCUGUGUGAAAGAAGACAAACUCUAUCCGAUAUUAGAGUAUGUGAAUGGUGGCUGUCUGGAAGAGCUUCUGGUCAGGAAAGACGUUCCCCUGUGCUGGAGAGAGAAAGUAGACCUGGCCUGUGAUAUAAGCAGAGGGAUGAUCUACCUGCACUAUAAGAACAUUUACCACAGAGACCUCAACUCUAAGAACUGUCUGAUAAGAGUGACGUCUCGAGGGCGGGAGGCCCUGGUGACAGAUUUCGGCCUGGCCAGGGAAGUGGUGGAGCUGCCAGUUAAAGACCCUGGCAGGAAGCUGUCACUGGUGGGCUCUGCCUUUUGGAUGGCCCCUGAAAUGCUCCGUGGAGAGCCAUACGACCGCAAGGUGGAUGUUUUCUCCUUUGGCAUUGUGCUGUGUGAAAUCUUGGCCAGGAUCCCUGCUGACCCAGAGAUACUACCCAGAACACAGGACUAUGGACUGGAUGUGAAAGCAUUCAAGGAGCUAGUGAAUGACUGUCCUGACCGUCUCCUGGAGUUAGCAACCAACUGCUGUAUGUUGGAGUCCUUCAGACGGCCAGCGUUCACAGAGUUGCUGGAUGAGUUAGGAGAGGUUGCUGAGAGUCUGGAGCUGCCGGCAAAAUCUGAUCUGACUACGAGCUGAGUGGUCCAGGGGUCUGGGAUUUGUCACUAUGUGGACAGGAUGCUGAACCUGAACAGAAAGAAAAACCCUGAAUAUUUCAGCCCUCUGUGGCAUCACUCUCCUCUACUGCACAUUGCACAAUGAUGGUUGACCUAGUCUUAACUGAGGUGGUGCAGAUGUACUAGAUGUGUUUUUCGGAGAGCAGCAGACACUCUGCUGACUUCUCAUGGACACUUUUGCUUUGACACAUUUGUGUACAUAUAAAUAGAGGUUUUGACUGAUAGGAGUGAUAUACAGUAUGUUCUGUUUUAUUGCCGCACGUCUUACUGGGACUGAAAGGUCUUAUCCUUUCUUCCUUCCUCGGUUCCUUCUCUUCUUUGUGAGUGGUUUGUUUCGUAACCAACGAUACAGAUGAUCCAGUCUGUUGAUGUAUAUUUUGCCUCUUCUGCAGUAUCUGCUUACUCAUCUCCUUUGUGAUUCAGGUCGGCCUCCGCGGGCCUGGACUCAACUCAGUGCCUCUCCGACAGGAAAUUGUGUUUGUUCACUGAGCGAGAAUAGUCUGCCCUCUACUGGGACUUAAACAAGUUUAUAAGACAUCACUUCAAACAAGAUGGGACUCAAAGCUAAACCACUUCAGGAUGCAGCCUGUGGAUACAAGCAACAAAUGCAGGGCUGACAAAUCAGGAGCUGAAGAGAUUUUUAGUUUUGAAGAGCUGAACUUCAUGAUUGAGACAGAAACCACAAACAAGCCAUUGUUAACCCCCCCUAAUUUGCUCUGUGCAGGUUCAUUCCUAUUCAAAGUCGUAAUUCAUGUUGGUGACAGUUUAAGCUAUUUAUUAUUUCCAUAAAGGCCUUUAUUUUUUAUUCAAUGUAAUGACUUUGCAUUUAUUUGAGUCCUCUGGUUGGUUUUGCUCAAAGGUACCACACAUUUCUCAACAAUUACGUCACAAAAUAAUGGUUGUUUUGCAUAAUUUCAUGUUCACAUCUCAUUUUGCUUUGUAGUUGUCAUAUUUCGUUGUUAUUUGUUUGAGUUACUUUGACCUGAAAAUGUGCGUGUACAAAUUUCAAGCUUUUCUCUCUUUUCUUUUCACCUUUUAAAAAAAAUUACUGACACCUUUUUGAGACUGAAGGAGUACAUAUUGUGUUGAGUUUACCAGUAUUUACCACUUUCUGGUCUCACAAUGAUUUUUCAGGCAGCUACAAUACAAAAGGAACUGUCACAAAGCCAAAUUUGGCUUCUAAAUAAAUGAAAGUAAAUCAAAUUUGAAUUGAAAAACAGAUUCACUGAGGAGAAGAAGGUCUGAAAAGGCAAAAGAUAAUCUGUAACUUUAGUCUUCUCCAUUCAAGGAUGGUCAUCUGCU